AUGUUACCAACAUCAAUGCCAGCCACGACCAGCGCCCAUCACCCGUCGGGAGACUAUGGCCAGGAAGCGAAGGUCACGCGAGCCAUUCUUAUACUGGCGAAUUAUCAGCUACUGAUCAAGUAUGCGAAUCUGAACCAGAAAUCUAUUCCUCGAACGAGGUAUUAUUUCGAGCAAGUGGCAGUUGGGGCCGAGCCGGACCCAAUCAUUCAGAACUGGUUUGGAAACGACAAAUAG